AUGGAAUUCUCUGAAGAUAUCGACGAGAACGAAUUAAUCGAUGCUUUCGACGCCCAAGAGGCUGAAGCCCGUGCCUCUACCGAGUCGACCAACCCUUCAACGCUCCACAGGGACGCGUCCUUUCGACAACCGACACGUUUAAACGUUCAGGAAUCUCAGGGGAAGACGAGAAUUCCAACGCUAUACCCGACAUUUGACAGUUCUGGUCCGAAAAUUCCUGUCGUAGGCACAAUGACACCAAAGCAGCAGCAUCAGAUGAGUCUAACAAAUGCACAGACAAUCGAUCCUGCUCCAACUCACCGAAAGGAAGAAUCGAUGACGGACGUAGAGCUACAGAGAAAACGACAAGAGGUUGAACGCGAGAUGAGCGUGUACCAAGAACGGUUUGAUUACAUAGCACACGCCCUGGCGGGUGAAACCCCACAUCAAAUCCAAAAGCGUAAACAGCGCAAGGAGGAACGAAUAGAGCGACAGGAAAAGCGGCAUGAAGUUGUAGAGAUGCGUCUACAACAUCGGCUUGAACGUUUGGAGGAACGAGAAAAACGCCGAACUCGAUUUCAAGCGAGACAUGAUCAAGCUCGUAGAAGUCCGUCGCCAAGUAGGGACUGUGAAAGUCAACGUAAUCUACUGGAGAAUGUGGGGCUUCACAGCAAGAACGGUUAG